GCAUGCCUCAUCGCCAUCCAAACCUCCACACUUUUUCUUUUCUGUGAGAGAGAAAGCGAUGGCAUCAUCAUCGCCAUGUGACUAUUGGCCCCAUCUUUCUCAUACACUCUCUUCUUCUCCUUCUCCUUCUCCUUCUUCUUCUUCACCCUCUCACACCCUUCUUCCUCCACCUCCUUCCUCCGUUGAACAUGUCUGGAACGACCUCAAACUCCCCUCGCUCUCCAACUCCCCCGUUGACUUCAACCACUCUUCUUCUCAUUCCUCUCUCCUCUCUCUCUCUUCCUCGCACAACCACCACUCGCUUCUCUCUGUCUCCAACGCCUCCUUCCAUUCCAACCACCAAGAUCAUCGCCAUAGCCGCAUCAUGAAGAAUCGAGAAUCCGCGGUUCGCUCCAGAGCCAGAAAACAGGCUUAUCGAAAAGGCUUGGAAGUUGAAAUUGCUCGUUUGACGGAAGAGAAUUCGAGACUAAGAAAAGAAUUGAAAGAGUUGCAGUGUUCUUUGUCUUCCUCAGAGAAUACCCCUCAAAGAACCAGUGCUCCCUUUAGAACCUCGUCAUCUCCAUUUUGAGAACAAACCUCUGUCACUCACUCUUCAUGUUUUGACGUUGUAAAUGGCUUCUAAUAAGUUUGUAUUUUUGCCUAUUUUUGUCUUCAGUUAGUAUUAUUUUUGCCUAUUUUUGUCUUCAGAGUUUUUCUUUUUCUUUUUUAUUUUAUUUUCCACGUUAUCAUCGGUACUCAUUUUUGUCUUGUAAGCACGAUGCUGUUGUUUAUACCAUGACUAGUCUCUUUCUCUCGAA